GAUUAGUUAAUAACACAUUUCUCUUAGUAAUGGAGGGUAAAGGAAGAGUUGGAUCAUCAUCGUCUUCUUCCUUCACAGCUCAACUCUUUGGCCCCAAGGAACCUUCCUCCUCUGCCAACUUCAACUCCAUUUUCCCUCCUUCCAAGGGAACAGCAAGAAACAUCCUAAGCUCCAAACAUGGGUCCCUAGAACAACGUAAAGAAGCUGGAACCUGCAAUCUAAGCUCAUCUCUUUACUACGGUGGUCAAGAUGUUUACUCUCACCCCACACACAACCAUACUUACCCUACAAAGAGACAAAAUCUUUUGACUUUACAAAACGUUGAAUCAUUCAGAUUAACAAGGAUCAGAACAGAGAUAACAACGAUGCCAAUUCGUCUGACGCCUCUAGAGGAAACUGGUGGCAAGGUUCACUAUAUUACUAGAAGCUUCUCUAAGUGCGUCUCUGUAGAAGAAUAUCAAGUUGAAACAGAACAAUAUUUGAUUGUUUGA